CCGGGGCUAACCUGGUUUGGAUCUGUCGAUAUCACAGCCUCAUACUCUAGGUUAGUGCUUAUCUGAUAUGACACCACCCUUUCUAGUUGUCAUACGAUGCUGUUGCAGCAGGGGUGUCUUCAUGCUCAUUUCUAAAACAGAAAUCAAAAUAAGAGGCAUUCGUCAAAAUUAGGACAAAAGUUCCUGGGCUAAAAAUAAAAACAAUUUAAACAUCUAUAGUAACAAAAAAUAAGUUGAACAGAUUGGUUUUACAAAUCAAUGUGCUGCCUGCUUGAAGAAUGUGAUUGUACAUCGAGGUUGGAGAAUUUAUCAGGCAAUUAGAUGGCGGGGUUAAGGUAGCAUAUAUAUAAUGCACAAAGAAGUUGCACAAGCAUGCUUGAAAAAAACUGAAGUCAAAGUAAAGACAAUGGGAUACAAAUAUGUAAGGCGGUACAGGAGCCUCAGGUCACGUACUAGUAGGAUGAGGAACAGCUUCUACAACAACACAAUCACACUGCUGAACUCGGAGUCCCGACGAUAGAUUUCUCUGGUCCCUCCGUCCCCUUUGUUUAAUCAUUCUGUAUUUCCUGAUUAUUCUGUAUCUUCCCUCUUUCUGUUUUUUUUGUUUUCUUUAUGUACAACUACUACGGACUGACGCAAAACUGCAUUUCGUUGUACUGAUACUUGUAUUCGUGCGAUGACAUUAAAGUUGAAUUGAAUUGAAUUGAAUUGAAUAUACAAUUAUUUUCAGUGCCGUUGCUUGUAGGAUUUCAAGCUGGAUUAUUCUGUCAGGCAUGCCAAACAUUUUACAUGGAGGCAUAAUUAGUACUGCAGGUGCUAUUAUUGGUUACUCACGGGAGCAAACGUCCACUGAGGCUUUUUAUGAAACAUAUCCCCACUUGUAUCAAAUACAAUAUCUGACAGUUAUUGUAACCUAAAUCUGCCUGUAGAACAGCUGAAGACAUUGUGUCCCAGUUGAAAUUAUUAGCUCAACUGUAGCUUGAUAUAAUUUUGGGUAAGAUUUUUUUUGCCCAACGUAUUAAAUUUGUAAACAUGUGAACAAAUUUUGCAGAAUUGUGCCCCAGAACAGAACAUUCUGUACCUAGAUCACACACUGCAGCAAAUUGAAUAUGGAUACCAGUGUAUUUCUUGGGUUAAAAUGCAAUUUGAUUCACAAAGUUAAAUAAAAUGCACAAUUUGGAGUUGCAUUUCUCAACCAUGCCUGUCGCCGACAAUGUGCAAGACUUCCUCCAACUUUGCUCCACUUGAGUGGAGCCCACAAUUUCAGGUGACUCAACUAAGGAAUUUAGGUAACUGGAAAGAACAUGCAAUGUGUACGUUUCUAGUCCGUCGCCGAAAACUGAAAAUCAAUCAGGAUCGAAAGCGAUGUAUUAAACGAUCUCUUGCUUUACUGCAGGCCAGCAGGAGAUCGGGAGAGUCGGGGCUUGUAGCAGGUGCGCACCUCCAGCAGGACCAGGACCAGGACCAGGACCAGCCCCGCCUCGCCGCUGGGAGGAGGAGCACUGGGCUCGGGUGGCUGCCCUGCUGAAUAAUUGAAGACUUCACAUACCUGCAAUGCUCUCCUGCUGGUAUUGAGCUCGCUUCUCUUAACACUUUUAAUUGUUCAAUAUAUGUUUUCAGUUGCACCACUGUAAAUCCUGUGGAGAAAUGCUUGCCUUGUACAGGGACCUCCUGUUGGAAGUUUUCUUGGGUUACAUUUCCAUCUCCCUUUACUAUGGUUUGCCCCCGAUGAUCUGGUACUUCCCGCUUCAGGUUUUGGAAAUCACUGGCUAUGAAGUCUUUGCUGCUGCUUAUGUCACACCUUUAAUAUUAAACAUCUCGGCAGUGUGGAAAUUGGCCAAUAACAAGUAUGUCCUUGCCCUUCUCAGGCUGAUCACUCUCGCGAGCAUUGCUUCGUACCAAGCCUCUCACACUGUCACCCGUCUCUUAACUUUGGCUCUUGGUGUAUGUACGGCUCUACUUGUUCAAAGUGUCACAUGGUGGUCAGCAAACAGCCAGCAAAGGCUCUGCAGAGUUUGGGGUUUCAUUCUGGGUCAUAUUCUACAACUUGUCGUAAGGAUCUGGAGCAUCUCCCUGAACCCAGUGUGGGCCAACAAUAUGUUCAACUCUGUAAUACUGGCUCUGGGUGCCAUUGUGACUUUGGAGAGAAUACGCUCAGAUUUUCAGAAGUUGCCGCAGAUGGAAGAGGAGAUGAAAUCAUCGGCGGAAAAGACGCAUCCUGGUAGUUGCCGCGAUUGGCUUGUGAGUGGGGCUGCGUUUGGGAGUCUGCAGUUCCUCACACACUGGAUCUUCGGUGAGGUCUCGCUCGUUUCUCGGUGGGCAGUGAGUGGCCACCCAAAUGCUGGACCAGAUCCAAAUCCCUAUGGGGGUGUGAUUUUGGUUGCCCUGGCUAUCGGUGUGAUGUUAUCAUUUCGAGUCUCUGUUAACAACGUUGUCCUUUGGCUCAUAGGAGUAGUAUCAGCAAUUUGUCUCUUUUACCUUCGGAGGGAAGGAGCAUUUGCUGCAGGAACUGUGUUGGCCGUUUAUGUCAUGUCGCUCUGGCCCCACCUAAUUGAACGUCUCAUCAGUUCAGGAAGCCCAGGAAAGGCCAUGGGCACGGCGAUGCUGGUGUAUUUGCUGGAGAUCUUCAGCACAGUGUGGUGUAUAGCUUACAACUUUGUACCUGGAGGUGCCAUCACAAGGGAGAAAACAAUGGUGGUUUUGGGAACACUCAUGCAUUUGAUUGGAUUGGGAUUAUUCUUUGGUCAUCGACCUAAAUUGUUUGCAACAGAAGGCAAAAAUGUGGCACAUUUCAAACUCUUGACAAAGUGUGUCAAACAAUUGCUUUGGCUGUUUGUAGGAGUGGGUCUGUUGGGAUUAGGGCAUCGAUUCAUAUUGCAUCAGCAGAAAUUACUCAACCCAGCUGAUAUCCUGUCUGUGAAGAAAGAUUUCUCUGCUAUGAUAUGGUCUUACAGAUUUGGGUAUGACAAUCGAGGUUGGCCAAGUUUGGAAAGAUCUGCUGAGUUUAUUGAACAAACAGGUGCCGAUUUAAUAACAAUAUUGGAAAGUGAUGCCUCUAAACCUUUCCUGGGAAAUAAUGAUCUCACCAUGUGGCUGGGAGAGAAGUUGGGUUUUUACAUGGAUUUUGGUCCAAGCACAAAAGAUCACACCUGGGGAAUAAUGGUUUUGUCAAGAUACCCCAUCGUUCAAUCCAUGCACCAUCUUCUUCCAUCCCCACACGGAGAGAUUGCUCCUGCUAUUUCCAUGACGGUCAACAUCUCAGGGAAUCUUGUGGAUUUGGUUGUUGCUCAUUUUGGCAAUGAACAGGAUGAGUUGGAUAGGAAGUUGCAGGCAGAGUAUAUUUCUAAUACACUGAAGGAAGCACGACAACGUCUUGUAUUUUUGGGCUACGUCACUUCUGCACCUGGCUCCAGAGACUACCAACAGCUUCGAAACAUUGGAAAUGUAAAGGACAUAGAUCAGACUGAUAUGCAUAGAUGGUGCGAGUACAUCAUGUACCGUGGACUAAUAAGGUUGGGCUAUGCCCGCAUUUCGCAUGGCGGUUUAAGUGAUACAGAAGUCCAGUUGGGAAAAUUUCAGAUUCCUGAUGACCAGAAUCAUUAUGAAGAUAAUAACAAGAUUGAAAUUGAUCCUCGAGUAGUACCUGAAGAAAUUCACUUUAAUCCCAGGUUUGGAUCCUAUAAACGUGGACACAACUAUGAACACAUACACCACUUUCAUAUGAGCACACCAAAGUACUUCCGUAAGCAGAAUGAAAAAGGGAAAAAUUAAAAGCAUAUGUGAUCGCACAAUUAAUUGCAGGAAUCUGAAACACAUUUAAUAUUUCUGUAUAUAAGCACAGUUGUUCAACUCUUUAUUAAGUAUCUUCCCAUGUGCUGGCAGGAACUUUAGGAACCUUAUAUAAGGCCAAUGUUUUAUAAUAGGAUCUACGGCAUUUGUUACUAAAUUCUGAGAGAUUGUAGAACGUUUCAAAACAGUCCAUGUUAUUGAUUCUUCCCGUUGGCUAUUAUGUUCCACAUACCUUUCAAAUGUUUCUCAUAGUAUGUAUUCUAAUAUGCAGAAAUUUUAUCAGUCUGAAGGGUCUGACCUAUCCGUCCUCCACAGAUGCUGCCUGCCUAAGUAUUCCAGCACUUAAAAAAAAUAAAUCCUAUUGUUACUUUCAUGCAUUUGGAAAUUUGAUAAAUUAAUAAAUAUUUAUCGCACCAUUUGAUGACAACUGGGAUAUGACAAGGUUGUUCUUGACACAGUAAUAGUGGAAAUAAAUAUACAUGUAAAAACAGCUAACCUGCCUGUUAGUUCCAAACACUAUAACAUCAAAGCUCUCUAGACAUUCAGAUGGAUUCCCUUACAGUAUUAUGCUUUAUGAAAACAGUGAAAACUCACUCUAAAUUAUGUCAAUUGUUUUGUACUGGAUGUGUAAUUUUCUGAAGAUACAUUUGUGGAUAUGUUCUUGGAAAAUGAUAAAACUCUGGUAUACCUAACUGAAUAACACUACUGUAAAAUUCUGAUAACCCCCACCCAUGCGACUUUGGUGUUCGAUGCGCCGAUUUUUCAGACCAUUGGAUAUUACUCCAAUGCCCCUAACACACUGAUAUUUCAUCUUUUUUUUAAAUGUUACAUGAUGGUAUAAUAUUUUUGAGUGAGCCUGUAAGCCAAAGGGAGUGAAAACUGAAUCCUGGUGAGUUUUAUACGGAAAGGGGAAAUAAAAUCCUGAGUUUCAGCUUGUGUAUUUUAGCACAAAACGACCCUAAUUCCUGACCCCAGUUGCACACCCAUCCCACAAUCCAGACUCUAGCUCUGACCACACACUGCCCUGGCUCAAACUGGGAAUUAAUGAGCAAGUUAGAUGCUGAACCAUUGGGAUUUCUGAAUUAACGAGGAUUAUUAGAGUUUUACAUGUGGUAGCAUAUUGUAGAGGACAAACGAGAAAUAUUUAUAAAGUGUGGAUAAUCUUAAAGAGCAUGGAUCAAACUGACUUUUGGAAGUAUGAUUGAUUGUAGACAAGAAAAAAAGAGCAAUGGGAUUGAGGUUUGUACCAAAAAAGUUCUAACAAACCUGAAUCACGCAGUCCAUUUUGGCCAACUGCCAUCCUAAAAUGUACAUUGGAACAUAAAAAGUACAUUGGACCAAAUGUGCAAUGUAGAUUCAUUAGGUUGAAGCAGUUAUCCUUUUUGAAGAAGUAAAUAACCGAGGUACUCACUGAAGCAGGAGUAGCGAAAUAUUCAAAAUGUUGAAGUUAAAAAAUAUAUAAGAUUAGUUUCAUUUUUCAGUGAAUUUAGGGGUGUAAAAUCAAAACUAGAAUGAAAUGGAGGAUUAGAAAGUUAAUUAUAAAUGGCUACUGAGACAACAACAUCCUUGGCAUAUUCUUAACAACAGUAAUACUGCUAUAAAACGGAGGACUUUAGAGCUUUAUGAAAGGGAUGUGAAGGGUGCUAUAUUAAAACAUAUUCCUUUUGGAUGUGAAAAAAUUGCAUGAAAUUUUAUUUUUUGUAGACUAAUAGCAACAGCCUAAAAUUUGGUUGGCUGAAGAGAUGACAUAAUACCAAUUUCUAAUAUUCAUGGUGCCUUUUAAUAAAAUUUGAAAUUUACAAUACCAGAAUGUUUAUUGUAACAUUUAACAUUUUGUUCUACUUUCCAAAUUACAUAUGUUCUGUUUGAGAAUAUUUUGCAAAACUUGAAAAUUGCUCAGUGUAGAUAUUAAGUACUUUGUUAGUUAAAUGGUAUAAUCAAAUGAGAGCAAAAACACAAACACAUUUUUCCCAAUUCCCUUUCCUCUCUCAUCCUCUGAACAAUAAUGUAUACCUUUUCUUCCUCUGUCAAUACACUUUCCCUGGGACGCUAAACCUUUUAGGCUGUGCUUUGUAGCUUGAUAUUUCUCGCUUUAUCAAGGCUGUCCAUUUACUGUUUACCGUUAGCCUGCUAUUAAUCCUCUUUCCCAGCUUUUUCUCAACAACACAACCUCCAAAAUACCAAAGACCAUUUGGAUGUGCAUCGCCAGAGAAAGUUAAGUUAGAUGAGGAGAAGCGAAUAAUUGAGACACAAAUAUUUGAGAAGAUGAGCAAUAGUAAAAAGUCCCCAACUGCAGAGGAAGUGGGUGGAUCUGAAAGGGGGCAGUAGGAGAUCACCAAAGCCUGCAAAUGUUCAAGUUAAAAUAACCAAAUACCAGUCAGAAGCAGGAAUGAUUAGAGGUCCCUGGUUUAAUAUUGUGCAGGAAUGAACUGCAGAUGCUGGUUUACACCGAAGAUAGACACAAAAUUAGAGAUGCUACCUGACCCGCUGAGUUUAGUAUUGGUUUAAUAUUGUUUAGUUUCAAUUAGCAUGUUACAAAAAAGACAACGAUGGCCAGAGGACACGAGUAAUUGGUAAAUUUCCAUUGAAGAUAAUAGUCCAAAGCUUUGAUGCUGGAAAGUUAUAAGAAAAGGAAACAUUAAUAAUGAGUAGGACGGAACUGUAGAUGCUGGUUUACACCAAAGCUAGGCACAAAAAUGGCUGUGUAUCUCAGCGUUUCAGGCAGCAUCUAUUGAGAAGGAAUGGCUGAAUUUUCGGGUCAAGAUCCUUCUAGACUAAAGAAAGGUCUCAACAAGCAACGUCACCCAUUCCUUCUCUUCAGAGAUAAUGCCUUUCCCGCUGAGUUACUCCAGCAUUUUGUCUCUAACAUUAGUAAUUAAUUGAAAGUUCUUAGAAUGCAAGAGCGAGGGAAGGGGAGGGGGGUAGAUCAUGUGAGAAUUAUAUACACUUGAGGCCACAGUUCAUGUAUUGUACACAGUUUUUGUCACCACAAUGAGAAAAUGUCUGCAGAGAUUAUCAGAACCAGAAAUUUUAAAUUAUGAAGAAAGAUUAGAUAAACAGGAAUUGUUUUGUUUAGAACAGAGGAGGCUGAAAUAAGUCUUAACUGAAGUAUAAAAAUCCAAGGGGCCUGAUUUGAGUAUAUAGAAAUGACCAACUUCCUUUGGUCGAGGAGUAAAAACCAGGAGGUUAAUUAACAAGUGCAGAAUAUUAACAAAUAUGUUUUAUUCAGAAAGUAAAGGGAACUCUGCCUGAAAAGAUGGUUGUGUCAGAAAAGCCACAUGUCUGAAUGAGCACUUAAAGAGCUAUGACCCGUAAGGCUAUGGAUCAAGUCCUAGAAGGUGGCUUUACAUUGAAUAGCCUUUUUCAGCUGGCCUAGGCAGAAUGGCUAGCUUCUGUCUCUUCAAUGUUUCUAUCUUUCUACAAUCUGCACGUACACAAAAUGUGGCCUUUGUUUUAGGCAUCUGGUUUUGAACGAGCAUUUGGCUACAUUUCAGAAUGAUAUCAAUAAACAGAUGAAAAUUAAAUUAAAAAAAAAAAAAUCACUAAACGCACAAUCUGUCGAAACAGAUCUAGUAUUUUCAGGUUGAUGACCAUUCAUUAGAAACUAAAGGGUUGUCUCUACAGGGAAAAAAACAGCCCAUAUUCGAAUUUUAAAUAGGAACGCUUAAUAAUAUGAACAUUAGCGCAUUCCAUUAAAAGGGAGAAUAAGCAAACUUCAUCUCCCACAUGCACUAUCGGUGCAUACUUCUAAUGCGCAAUCUAAAUUAAAUUGCUUCAAGAAGCAUGUUUAUUAUAAGCAAAAUAUUGUCAUUGGGAUAAGGGUUUUUAGGGGUUAAAGAGUUUCAAACUCAGAAUUACAAAGUUACUUUUACAGGAUUGUGAAACCCAAACGUCUUUUCAAUAGAAAUAUGUUUAUUUUUGUUACUGCAAGCUAAAAAAGCAAAUUAUUCUAUUUUAUAAUAACAGGU